UCCCUUUAUAUCCUCUGUCUGUCUGCUUUCUAAAACUCUUUCCUUUUUCAGUGCCCUCUUCUCUUUCUCUCUCUAAACCUCACUCUCUGUCACUCCCUCCCGCGCCGCCACCGUCUUUCCGGCGGCCAAUAUCACCGUUUUCUUCUCCACCUUCCCUCUCCUCCCCAGCUUUAUCAAAAAUCUUUAAAAAAUUUAUCAAAAGUCAAAAACUAAAAAGAAACCAGCUCUCUUAGUCAUUUUAUCAGAAAUUCGGUGUGCGCUUCUAUCAUCACUUUGUCUUUUGUUUUUAAGUUAAGGUUUGUUCUUUGUUAUAAUAAAAAGAGGAGAGGGAAGAGAAAUUGAAAAAAAAUUAAAAAACUCUGAAAAAGAACAAAUUAUUCGAGAAGAUAUGGCACAAGUUCAAGUUCCAGUUCAAGGACAGAAUGUUAACGGUGGAGCUAACGCACCAUACGUGACGACGUCGCUUUACGUUGGGGAUCUGGAGGCGAAUGUGACCGAUUCGCACUUGUAUGACCUGUUUAAUCAAGUUGGGCAAGUUGUUUCAGUUAGGGUUUGUAGGGACUUGACUACUCGGCGAUCGCUUGGUUAUGGAUAUGUCAAUUAUAGCAGUCCUCAAGAUGCUGCUAGGGCAUUGGAUAUGCUGAAUUUUACUCCUCUCAAUGGAAGCCCCAUUAGGAUAAUGUACUCUCAUCGUGAUCCCAGCGUCCGUAAAAGUGGGUCUGGGAACAUUUUUAUCAAGAAUCUAGAUAAGGGGAUUGAUCACAAAGCAUUACAUGAUACUUUCUCGGCAUUUGGGAACAUCCUCUCUUGCAAGGUUGCUACUGAUUCCUCUGGUCAGUCAAAGGGCUAUGGUUUUGUACAGUUUGACAAUGAGGAAUCCGCUCAAAAGGCUAUAGAGAAAUUAAAUGGAAUGCUGUUGAAUGAUAAGCAAGUGUAUGUGGGACCCUUCCUUCGCAAGCAGGAGAGAGAAAGCGCCAUAGAUAAGACAAGAUUUAACAAUGUGUAUGUAAAGAAUCUCUCAGAAACAACUACUGAGGAAGAUUUGAAGAAAGCUUUUGGUGAAUAUGGAACAAUAACAAGUGCUGUAGUGAUGAGGGAUGGAGAUGGGAAAACAAAGUGCUUUGGAUUUGUCAACUUUGAGAAUGCAGAUGAUGCUGCUACAGCUGUUGAGGCCCUUAAUGGAAAGAAAUUUGAUGAUAAGGAGUGGUUUGUUGGGAAAGCCCAAAAGAAAAAUGAAAGGGAAAAUGAAUUAAAAGUUCGAUUUGAACAGAGUAUGAAAGAGGCGGCUGACAAGUUUCAAGGGGCCAAUUUGUACAUUAAAAAUCUAGAUGAUAGCAUAGGUGAUGAUAGGCUUAAGGAGCUUUUCUCUCCAUUUGGUACAAUCACAUCAUGCAAGGUUAUGCGAGAUCCUAAUGGAAUAAGCAGAGGUUCAGGGUUUGUUGCAUUCUCGACUCCUGAAGAGGCAUCUAAAGCUCUCAUGGAGAUGAAUGGAAAAAUGGUUGUUAGCAAACCCCUUUAUGUUGCACUUGCACAACGAAAGGAAGAUAGAAGAGCCAGGUUGCAGGCCCAAUUUUCUCAGAUAAGGCCAGUAGCAAUGGCACCAUCAGUUGCUCCCCGUAUGCCAAUGUACCCCCCUGGUGGUCCAGGACUUGGACAACAGAUAUUCUAUGGACAAGCCCCACCUGCAAUCAUACCUCCCCAGCCUGGAUUUGGAUAUCAGCAGCAGCUCGUACCUGGCAUGAGACCUGGCGGGGCUCCUAUGCCAAAUUUCUUUGUGCCAAUGGUUCAGCAGGGGCAGCAGGGUCAACGUCCUGGUGGUCGACGGGCAGGAGCUGCUCAGCAAUCCCAGCAGCCUGUCCCACUAAUGCAGCAGCAGAUGGUUCCAAGGGGGCGCGUCUAUCGCUACCCACCUGGGCGAGGUAUUCCUGAUGUUCCAAUGACUGGUGUUGCUGGAGGCAUGCUUUCUGUUCCAUAUGACAUGAGUGGUAUGCCUAUGCGUGAUGCAGCUCUUUCUCAACCAAUUCCAAUUGGGGCUUUGGCUAGUGCACUUGCAAAUGCUUCUCCAGAGCAGCAGAGAACGAUGCUGGGUGAGAAUCUCUAUCCGCUAGUAGAGCAGCUGGAGCCUGAUGCAGCAGCUAAGGUGACAGGCAUGCUUCUUGAGAUGGACCAGACUGAGGUUCUGCACUUGCUCGAAUCACCAGAGGCUCUGAAAGCAAAGGUUGCUGAAGCAAUGGAAGUUCUGAGGAGUGUUCAACAGCAACAGGCAGGUGGUGCAGCUGAUCAACUGGCUUCAUUGUCGUUGAAUGAUAACCUUGUUUCCUAGGCUGUGUGGGCAUAGCUUUUGAAAUCAGGAUGUGAAACCAUUUUAGACGUGCUUUGAUACAUUUUAGACUGAUAUUUCAUAGUAAUGUAGGAGCUGGUCCCACUCCCCCCCUUUUUUCUUUUUCUUUUUUCUGUUCACUGAGAUUUCAGGGAGUUGUUUUGAAGAUUGUGAGAUUUGAGCUUUUAACUUUUUUGAUUAUGCCAAUGUUGGGUUACCUUUAUAUCUUGGUUGGCUUAAAUCAGUGAAUUAUUUUGUGAGCUAUUUCAAGAUGAAAGAAGUUUUCUUGUGUC